AUGUACAAACUCGAUUUAUGGUCCCAUAAAACAAUCAAGAGUGCAUCCUCUUCAAUCCCUUUUAACAAUAAAACCCGCCAUUUCUCCUUCCAAUUCUUGAUUUCUAAUACAGCUUCAAGAUUUAGUCUCCCAAACUGUAAGUUUUCCAUUUCUAAUUCACUAGUGGAUAACUGUUUAGUUGAUGGCGAUGCCCAAAAAAACACGCCCCCAUUUGAAGUUAAAACCAGUAUGUGGAACUGGAGAGGUUAUUCUAUUCGCUACCAGUAUUCUGGAAGUAGUGGACCUGCCUUGGUUUUGGUUCAUGGUUUUGGAGCAAACAGUGACCACUGGCGGAAAAAUAUACCAGUUCUUGCGGAGGGACACAGGGUUUACUCAAUUGAUCUCAUUGGUUAUGGUUACUCUGACAAACCAAAUCCUCGUGAGCUUGGACAAAACUCCUUGUACACAUUUGAAACAUGGGCUUGCCAAUUGAAUGACUUCUGUACUGAUGUUGUCAAGGAUCAAGCCUUCUUUAUCUGCAACUCCAUUGGAGGAGUUGUUGGUCUCCAGGCAGCAGUCAUGAAGCCUGAAAUUUGUAGGGGCAUUUUUCUCUUAAAUAUAUCGCUUCGUAUGCUGCACAUAAAGAAGCAACCCUGGUAUGGGAGACCCCUUAUUAAAUCAUUCCAGAGUUUACUGAGGAAUACUGGUGUGGGAAAAUUCUUCUUUAAAGCUGUAGCCACACCAGAUUCAGUGAGGAACAUUCUUUGUCAGUGCUAUAAUGACACAUCCCAGGUGACGGAUGAAUUAGUUGACAUAAUUCUUCGACCAGGACUUGAGCCUGGUGCUGCAGAUGUAUUUCUUGAGUUCAUAUGUUACUCAGGAGGGCCACUUCCUGAGGAACUACUCCCCCAAGUGAAGUGCCCUGUUUUGGUGGCAUGGGGCGAAAAGGAUCCAUGGGAACCUAUUGAUCUCGGGAGAGCCUGUGCUGAAUUUGAUUCUGUAGAGGAUUUUGUUGUCCUGCCUAAUGUUGGUCACUGUCCUCAGGACGAGGCGCCUCAUCUCGUAAAUCCACUUGUCAUGUCCUUUGUGGCGCGUCACGUAAAAAGAAGCGCUAGCCUAUCCUCAGCAGCUUUCUGA